AGUUUUAUACUUGCUUGUUAUAUAUAUUGCAAAUGUGUAUAUGUGUGACAAAGGAAUGCUAUUUUUUUUUUAUCCAAUCUUUAAUUUUGAAUAUAUAGAAAAUAUAUUUUUAAUUCUAAUACAUUAUAAAGUAUUUAUAUCUUUUUCUCCACGAAAUAAUUUAUACAAUUCUCGGAAUAAAUUAAAAUUCAUCGAAUCGACAUUUCACAUUGAUAAGCACCAGCAAAUGAUUUUCGACAAAAAUUUAUAAAUAUGCGAAUAAUCGUAUAUUUUUCGAAGAUGCGGUAUCGAAUCAUGCGUUUUAUUCGUAGAAACGAUACUAAACCAGAUGAUACGAUCAUCACAUAUAGCUCUUAUUAACAUAAUAUAUUUUAUUCACAUGACAUUUACAUAUAUAACAUUUUAUUAUUUUUCAUUUAAUCAGUAUUUUUAUUUUAGAUUAAUAUCUUAUGCAAGUUUUUUAAAAAGUUUUUCGCGGAAAGAUGCUAUGCUCGAUAUAAAACUGAUAUACGAUAAUUGAAUAAUAAGUACAUGUCAGAUCUACUUCAAUUGCGUUGCAACUGGAUCGAGCGUAUAUGAUCUCUAUGGAAAUCCAUUUUUGGCGCGAAAGGAGUUCUCUCAUCACGAAACUCUGCGCAUGAAGCUGCAAUGUGAUUACUCAUAUCUGUUUUGACGUAUUGCACGCGUAUACGGAAUAGCAUUGUAAUUCAUCAAAUAAUUAUAAAAGUUGAUGAUCUUUGACCGUGCUACAUUUCCAUUCACCAUUAGAUGAAAAUUUGAACAUUUAUAAAAAUUUUAAUGUACCCACGUACACACAAUACUACAUAAUAUUCAAUAAUAAUAAAAAGUGAAAAAUCAGAAUCGAACGCGUUAUAAAAAAAAAAGUGUAGGCGAAAUUUAUCGAGCACCUUAAAAAAACAAUCAGGGCCGUGUGUGGGCGAAAUUUAAAGUGGGGUUGAAGGUCGCACGCACAUCCUAGAUGGUGGGGUCCUCACGCCUUCAUCAUCUCUGCGAUCACGGGUGAUUCGUUAGUCUUCCCUUCGCGUUUCCAUCGAGCGUAAAAUUACAAGUAAAGAUAGAAUAGUGACAAAAUGCAUCACUCACGAAUCGUAAUCUUGCUCGUGCUUCUAUUUGCCGUGAUGAUCAAUGGCAGUCAAUAUAUUCAAUCCCGAAUAGUUGCAUCUGGCGGUUGCGAUAGCUACACGUGUGGAGUCAAUGCGAGAUGUACAAUGAGUGAAGGACGGCCGGUAUGCUCAUGCUUCAAUCUACAUAUGGGAGACCCGCUUGCUCGAUGCGUCCGAGUCGAAUGUCUGAUAAACGACGAUUGCCCAUACAAUAGAGUAUGCACAAACAACAGGUGUGUUGAUCCCUGUGUGGGAUUAUGUGGAAUAAAUGCGAACUGCGUAACCAGAAAUCACAUAGGUACCUGCCAGUGCCUACCAGGACACAACGGUGAUCCAUUUUCGGGUUGUCAAGUUGCCGAUCCUCAAGCCGCUUGCAAACCCAGUCCGUGCGGAGAGAACACACAGUGCGAGGUAAUCAACGAAGUGCCAGUCUGCACUUGUCUACCGGGUUACAGGGGUUCGCCUUUGUCUGGAUGUCGUCACGAAUGUGAAAGCGACAGCGAGUGCUCUCAACAUCUCGCGUGUUCGUCGUCUUUCAGAUGUGAGAGCCCCUGCAAAUGCGGAGAGAACGCGGAAUGCCAAGUUAUAAACCACCAAGCAAAGUGUACUUGUCCGAAAACAUGGGUAGGAAAUCCAUACGUCGCGUGUCGACCGGAAUGCACCGCCCACUCAGAGUGUUCAGCGGCCAAACCCGCCUGUCUAUACCAAAAAUGCGUGAAUCCAUGCGAUGGCGUUUGCGGAGUGAAUGCUGAUUGCAACCUACGCGGUAUUACACCCGUUUGUAGCUGCCCGAGGCACAUGACUGGCAAUCCUUUCGUUAGCUGCAGAUUAUUCGAACCGCGUGACCUCUGCGACCCGAAUCCCUGCGGUACGAAUGCCAUUUGCACGCCGGGCCAUAAUAAUACCGGAAAGGAGAGGCCGGUGUGUACGUGUCCCACCGGUUACAUUGGCAACGCCCUGACGAGCUGUCAGCGUGGAGAGUGCUUCACUGACAGCGAUUGCCCCGAUAAUCGCGCGUGUAUCGACUUCACGUGCAGAAAUCCGUGUACUGGCCGCGAGUGCGGUCCGAGCGCCACAUGUACAGCCCGACAUCAUAUCGCAGUUUGCACAUGUCCGCAGGGGACUAGAGGUGACGCUCUGUACACCUGUAAUCCGAUCGAGAGUAAAUCGGUAUAUAAUUACGGCCGCGCCUAUCGUUACCGUUACUAUUAGUCACAAAACGGUACUACCAGUUUCAUUUUUAAAAUAUUCGAUUCUCUUUCUUUAUUAAUUUACUCUAAUUUAUACUUGUAUUAUACGCAUAUUUUUUGCGAAAAACACGAAAAAGUAAUCGCAUUUCUAUUCGCAAGUCGUAUAAUGAUAAGCCGUAAUAAAUGGUAGUAACAGAGCAAUCUAUUUUUAUAACAUACUACACUCUUUUUUCUAUUUGUGUUCAUCAUAGAUCUCUCGUAUAAAGUGUUCUAUAUAUUUUUUCUACAACUAUGGCUGGUCGCAAACUUAGUUUAAAUUUUUAAUAUAGAAAUAAAUGCAUACUGCGCGCGUGAUUUAUGUUAUAAUCUCAAUGUCUCAUUUAGUAUAUCAAAAUAAACUUUCUCUAUUUGCUUA